UCCACCUCCGCCAUAUUCCGUGCAGCCGGUACGUGCCUUCGCUCUUCCUUUCCGACCAGGCUAUCUGUGUUCCUGAUUUCCGUCCCACAUUUAGUCUGUUUCAAACUCGAUCGGGUGUCGGUAGUGCUUCGUGUCCGUCGAGAGUUGGCGACAGAAAAUCCGUGGCAGUACUUCCGUGUGAACGCAGCCAUCCACCAGCCAGCCUGCCAAAAUGGGCAACAUCUUCGCGAACUUGUUCAAAGGCCUGUUUGGCAAGAAAGAGAUGAGGAUUUUGAUGGUCGGGCUGGACGCUGCCGGAAAGACGACGAUCCUGUAUAAACUCAAGCUGGGCGAGAUUGUCACGACCAUUCCAACCAUCGGUUUCAACGUAGAAACGGUAGAAUACAAAAACAUCAGCUUCACAGUGUGGGACGUCGGCGGCCAGGACAAGAUCCGGCCACUCUGGCGCCACUAUUUCCAAAACACACAAGGUCUGAUCUUCGUUGUGGACAGCAACGACAGGGAGCGUAUCAAUGAGGCACGAGAAGAGCUCAUGAGGAUGCUUGCCGAGGACGAGCUUAGGGACGCUGUUUUGCUCAUCUUUGCCAACAAGCAGGAUCUACCCAACGCCAUGAAUGCGGCAGAGAUCACUGACAAGCUGGGUCUGCAUUCCCUGCGCAACCGCAACUGGUACAUCCAGGCGACAUGUGCCACCAGCGGGGACGGCCUUUACGAGGGUCUGGACUGGCUCUCCAACCAGCUCAGAAAUCAGAAGUAGAGCGAGGCUCGACGUGAAGGAAAAGACCACCACCACUCUUUCGGAGCCACUACCCCUCUGCACAGAAACUGAGGGGGGUCCCCCUGUCUCCAGUGAAUUUUUUUUUUCCGGUCUGUUGUCUGUCACCAAUCCAGUCGCUCUUUCUUGCAGUCUUCGAUCACCAUUUUCUUUUGCCAAACUUUCUUUUCUUUGUCCCCCCCCCCCCCCUCGAAAUUUGUUGCUGCUGGUACAGUGAAACCACAAAGGUCCUUGUGUUGCGUGCAUCUGCAUCUUUUCUUGUGCUUUCACACAAGUUUUGGAAGAGAUGUUCAGUGCAGCAUUUGCUUCUUGUGAUUUUGGGAGGUUAAUCUUCUUUACGGUGGCAGACAAAGACAAGAGUAGCAAGGCUGUGUGCGCGCUUGUGCGCAGGAAGUGUGGACUGCACACGUGCUUGUACAACGUGCUGGAUUUUUGGAUUAAAGGCGUGGUCUUGCAAGGACUUCUUUCCGUCUGGUGCGAGGGGAGUGCAGGAGGCUAAAAGUGUGGCUUGUUCGCUAAGUUUUGUAUAUAAUUAGAGUGGAGGAAUUGGGCCCAAUUGUGUGCAAGGAUUGGCAGUAUGCCAGGCCGUAUACAUAUUUUAUUACCUUGUUUAAUCUCCAGUCUUUAGGCUUGUUUCCAUUUUUUUUUUUACAUAGGACUUUUUUUUUUUUUGUGUACUUUGAGAUGCUUGUAAUUUUCAUUAUAAAAUAAAAACGCCAACUUGUGACACUA